AUGCCACCUUGCUCCAGCGAGGGCUCUGGCUCAAGCAGCGAGGAAGAGCGCAGCAGUAUCACGGUGAGCAAGACUCAGACAAGGCGGCCGAACACGCCGGAAAGACGCCAGCACGGAUCUAUUACUUUUGGUGAAGGAAACGAGAAGAUGCUGAAAAUUGCACAGGCUAAGGCCCCUCCGGUAAGUAAGAAGCAAGGUACAACGCAGUCACAGAGCUCAACUAAGAAGAAGAAGUCUGUCAGACCCGUCGUUCCGCACAAGAGGAGCACGCCGCAACAUAGAGGAGAAGAAUCUAAAGAGCGCCCUUCUAAGGUACAGAAGACUAAUCAAAGUGGUGCCAAGCCUAUUACGUCGAAGGGGGGAUCAUCUCUAGCGCCAAUAUGCCUCGAGGACGAGGAUGACGAUACAUUAUCAAGACAACUUGAAACCGCGCCGAAGAUCAAGAAAAACGAGGUAACAGAGGGGAAGAGCUUCUUUCAAGGACUUGGUGUACGAAAUUCGCGUAGUACUUGGUCAUUCGCGGGGAACUCUAAUCAGGGUACGGUGAACACUAGCGAAGACGCAGACCUAAUACCGUCACCCAUGACUCCCGGCGAGCAAGCUACCAGAUCGGCGUCUAAGAACUUCAGUCAAUAUCAAAAGAGCAUAGCGGGCUCAGAUCCAUAUGCUAAGCGAGUAGCACAAUUGGAGAGUGAGCUGGCAACAUGCAAACGAGACUACGAGGCUAGGAUCGAGACUAUGAAACUCGAGAACGAUGCCAAGGUGCGACGAAUGCAACAAGACCAUGUCUCUAUGAUGGCGGAAUUGCGACGCGAGCAUGAGGCCACAACGCAACAGACUAUGCAGGACCGUGAGACUCAGAUCAACAAUAUGCGACAGGACUACGAGACAAGAUUGCAUCAAAGUCAGCGUGAGCAUGAGUCUCAAGCAGAAGCACAGAGCCAAGAAACCAAGACAACUCUUGAUGAUAUCCAGCGCACGAUUACGGAACAAGACGGCGAGAAGGUCCAACAAAUCACCGUACUGCAAACGGAGAAUCACUUGCUUAAAGAUCGGCUCAAGGUAGAGAAGGCCGCUCAUGAGCAACUGAUAAAGGAUCUCGACCAAAGAGAGGUGUUUGUGGAUACGGAGGAGUCUGUUAAAGCCCUAGAAGCAAAGAACGCCACAUUGAGUCAAGAGAUCGAGACGUUGAAACGGCAAAGAGACCAGUAUUCUCAAGAAGAGUCGCCUACUCCAACGCACUCCUCGUCUCUCCACGCCUCUGACGAGAUGAAGACAACAAACGUCCGCAAAAUGUUCCUCAAGAUCAAAAGGAAACACGACACUCUCAUUACGGUCAGCAAAAAGAUUCACGAUGUCACCAUCAACAUGGAUUUGGCUGCUUGGGGUGAAUUCGGCAAACACAUCAAGGACUUGCGCAAAGCCAUGGAGAUCAAUGGGGACGAGGACGGCGGUGCAAGUCAGAGCAAUGAAGGAGACAGAUAA